CCAGGUGGCAGGAGUGGGCGGGGCACCUGCUGGGCUGGGCUCUGCUGGUCUGUGUGCCUGGCUCACUCACCCAUCAGUACGCCCUCACGGUCACUUCGUCACUUGGUCCUUGCUAUCACCUCUCCCUCGAGGUCACCGCCCAAGCCCCAGGCUGGCCACUUCCGAAGCCCCUGACGGCAUGGAGGAGUGGGAUGUGCCCCAGAUGAAGAAGGAGGUGGAAAGCCUCAAGUACCAGCUGGCCUUCAAGAGGGAGAUGUCAUCCAAGACCAUCCCUGAGCUCCUCAAGUGGAUCGAGGAUGGGAUCCCCAAGGACCCCUUCCUGAGCCCGGACCUGAUGAAGAACAACCCAUGGGUGGAGAAGGGCAAGUGUUCCAUUCUGUGAAGCCCAGCCCCCAGCCCCCACCUCUGUGAAGAGGACAACUAACUGUAAAGGUGUGACUUUUAUAAAAACUUUCCAGGGUG